AUGCCGGAGACCACACAGCUGGAAGGCGGUGGGACUGUGAUUUCCUGGGUGGUGGUCCUCUCAGCUGCCGGGGGCGUGGGGAGGAGUGGGAACGGGGUCUUCGUGCCGUCCUGUGUCCCAGAGGCUGUGGUCUGCAGGGUUCCUCGAGACCCCUUCUGUGAGUGCCGAUUUGGGCUCAUCUCCUGGAGCCGGGAUUAUCUCACGCGCUCGCAGCCGACGCCCUCGCCUUGUCCUGAGCCGCCCACAUCGCCGCUCGAGCCCAGAAUUUGCUCCAAGCGCCACAAAAAUAAUCGCGCGAGGACAGGAGCCUGCGCGAGCGGCGGGGUUCUGGCCGCAGAGACCACAUCCCAGCAGGAGCGUCUGCAGGCUAUCGCAGAGAAGCGUAAGAGGCAGGCGGAGAUUGACAGCAAGAGGCGGCAGUUGGAGGACGACAGGCGGCAGCUGCAGCACCUGAAGUCCAAGGCGCUGCGGGAACGCUGGCUGCUGGAGGGGACGCCGUCCUCGGCCUCGGAGGGCGACGAAGACUUGAGAAGACAGAUGCAGGAGGAUGAGCAGAAAUCCCGGCUCCUGGAGGAAUCCAUCUCCAGACUCGAGAAGGAGGUGGAGGUGCUGGAGAAUGCAGCGGAUGUGCCACCGGCCACCUCCAGGGAGACCCUGAGCCCGGCACGUGCCCCGGCGCCCAGCCCCGCCAAGGAGGCCCAGAAGGCAGAGUUGGCGUUGAAUUCUCAGCAGACCCCGCUGGGAACGCCCAAAGAGAAGCGGGUCUCCAACACCCCCGUGAGGAUGGCCGAAGGCUCCACCGUGAUGAAGGCAGCCAUGUACUCGGUCGAGAUCACGGUGGAGAAGGACAAGGUGACCGGGGAGACCCGGGUGCUCUCCAGCACCACUUCGCUCCCCCGGGAGCUGCUCCCCCGGGGCAUCAAGGUCUACGAGGACGAGACCAAAGUGGUCCACGCCGUGGACGGCACAGCGGUGAAUGGGAUCCAGCCACUUAGCUCCUCCGAGGUGGACGAACUCAUCCACAAGGCAGACGAGGUCACGCUGAGCGAGGCAGGGCCGGUGGCCGCGGCCGCGGAGACGCGGGGGGCGUCCCAGGAGGCCGUGCGGAACGCCACGCCCGCCCGGCGGGAGAUCACUGGGGUGCAGGCCCAGCCAGGGGAGGCCACGUCGGGCCCGCCGGGCGUUCAGCCCGGCCAGGAGCCCCCGGUCACCAUGAUCUUCAUGGGCUACCAGAACGUGGAGGACGAGGCGGAGACCCAGAAGGUGCUGGGGCUGCAGGACACCAUCACGGCGGAGCUGGUGGUCAUCGAGGACGAGCCCAAGGAGGCCGCCCCGCCCAACGGCAGCGCGGCCGAGCCCGCCGCCACGCCGGGCUCCAGGGAAGAGAAUCAGGUGGGGCCCGAGGCCCCCGCCGGCGACACCCAGGACCUCGACAUGAAGAAGCAGCGCUGUAAAUGCUGCUCCAUUAUGUGAGCCGGCCCCCAGCCCCCGGCCCCGCCCUCCACACCACAGACACCCACAGCCUGGCCCUGGCGCCUGCCCACCCUCCACCCGCGACCAGGGGCCCGGGACCCGCCGUGUUGUCACUUCUUCUUCUGAGUUUCCUUUCACUGGAAAGAGAGGGACAGGGGUCCCCCACCCGUCACUCCCCCGACACACCCUAAACCACCACACGAGCCGUGCGCCCGCGCCUGGUAGGAGACAGACACGGACAGCCCCUCCUGGCCUGAGACCAGGACCCCAGCCCCAUAACGCGGCAGCUGCGCAGAUGGGCUUCUCGCCCACGGCUCCCGGCGGUGGGGCCCGCCCCCCUCUGGGCCUCCUGCCUGUGCCUUCCUGCCACCUCCAAUGAGGUCCCUGAGGGGACAUCCCGCCAGAGAGGGACGGGGGAGCCGAGGGGUCCUGGGGGCCCGCUCUGUCCCCGCUCAGCCCCUGGGAAUACGGUUCCCCAGUCAAAGCACUGGCGUGCAGAUCCCGGGCAGGUGGGGUGAGGCUGAGCCUUGUCGAGGCGUCCCAGUCAGAGACCAGCCCGAUGUACCCUCCCUCUGUGCUCUCUGUGGGCGCGGCCAGUGACGAUGGCGCCUGGAAGGGGGAGCCCCGGGGACAUGUCCCCCUUGGGAGGGGCCUGUGACCCCUGCGCUGUCUCCUGGAUGCCGGCGGGCGAGGGUCAGUGAGCCGCCCCCGCACAAGGCGGGGCCACGUGAACCUCUUCUUGCCCUGAGCUGCCACCCCCACUGGGCCCUCCUUCCUCCUGGUGCUAAUUUGGGGACCCUGGGCUGGGGCGGCCCUGGCCCCUUCUCCAGCCUGUGUGGGUCGCUGCUGGGCGUGGCGCCUUCUGGGCAGUGGAGGGGGCGUGGCCUGGGUAGGGCGUUUCCCCCCCUGUCUGCAGCGGGAGACCCCCAGCGGCCCCCGGCCCAACACGCGCCUGCCCCCGUCUCCCUGGAAGGGGCGAGGGUGAGGGGCUCCCUCCCGGGGGCAGCCCACAUCCGGGUUUGCACACCCGUCUCCCGGUCUGUAGACGCGCUCGUCCCCAGAGGCGCAUCCGUGCCCACACUCAGCCCUCUCCCGUGUGGGCUGCGGGUCGACCGGGGUCCAUCUCGGCCCCUCCCCUGGGGCCCCGGC